CCUAAAAUCCCUAAUGCUCUCUUUCCCGCCAAUCUCUAACCCAAUUCGGCGCCACAAAUUCCACUUCACUCUAUAAACCCACUUUCAGAGACUUGAAGAAAAUCCCCAAAAACCCUAACUGCAAAUCAGCCAUGGAUCCCAAUUUCGAGGACCAGAGCAAGCUUCCGGAGCUUAAAUUAGAUGCCAAGCAAUCUCAAGGGUUUUUGUCAUUCUUCAAAACCCUCCCCCAUGACACAAGAGCUAUUCGAUUGUUUGAUCGUCGGGACUACUAUACUGCUCAUGGUGAAAAUGCUACUUUCAUUGCAAAGACCUAUUAUCGUACCACCACUGCUCUGCGACAACUGGGUAGCGGAUCUGAUGGCCUAUCCAGUGUGAGUGUUAGUAAGAACAUGUUUGAAACAAUUGCCCGUGAUCUUCUACUGGAAAGAACAGACCAUACUCUUGAGAUUUAUGAGGGUAGUGGCUCAAGUUGGAGACUUGUGAAAAGUGGAACGCCUGGAAAUCUUGGAAGUUUUGAAGAUGUAUUAUUUGCGAACAAUGAGAUGCAGGAUACCCCCGUGGUUGUUGCACUAUUACCUAACUUCCGUGAAAAUGGUUGUACAGUGGGGUUAGGAUAUGUUGAUCUAACUAAACGAGCACUUGGGUUAGCUGAAUUUCUUGAUGAUAGCCACUUCACAAAUUUGGAAUCAGCUUUAGUUGCACUUGGUUGCAAGGAAUGCCUUCUGCCCGUAGAGAGUGGGAAAACCGGUGAAAUCAGAGCGUUACAUGAUGCAUUGACUCGAUGUGGUGUGAUGUUAACUGAGAGAAAAAAGAGUGAAUUUAAGAUGAGGGAUUUGGUUCAGGAUCUCAGUCGGCUUGUCAAAGGAACUAUUGAACCAGUUCGAGAUUUAGUUUCUGGAUUUGAGUUUGCACCUGGUGCAUUGGGGGCAUUGCUCUCUUAUGCAGAACUACUUGCUGAUGAGAGCAAUUAUGGAAACUAUAACAUCCAAAGAUAUAAUCUUGAUAACUAUAUGAGGUUGGAUUCUGCUGCUAUGAGGGCACUUAAUAUCCUGGAAAGCAAAACUGAUGCAAACAAAAAUUUCAGUUUGUUUGGUCUUCUGAAUAGAACCUGUACUGCUGGAAUGGGUAAACGAUUACUGCACAUGUGGCUAAAACAGCCUUUAUUAGAAGUACAGGAAAUCAAUUCCAGGUUAGAUUUGGUACAGACAUUUGUGGAGGAUCCUGCGCUUCGCCUAGAUUUGAGGCAGCAUCUGAAACGAAUCUCAGACAUUGAACGACUGGUGCACAAUCUUGAGAAGAAAAGAGCUGGUUUGCAGCAUGUUGUAAAACUUUAUCAGUCAUGUAUAAGGCUUCCAUACAUCAAAAGCGCCCUAGAGCGGUAUGAUGGAGAGUUUUCCUUGCUGAUCAAGGAAAAGUAUUCGGAUCCCUUUGCAUUAUGGACUGAUGAUGGCCACUUAAAUAAGUUUCUUGCUCUAGUGGAAGCUGCUGUUGACCUUGAUCAACUCGAGAAUGGAGAGUAUAUGAUAGCGUCUAGUUAUGAUCCUGCUCUUUCUGCACUAAAGAAUGAGCAAGAGUCGCUGGCUCAGCAGAUACACAAUUUGCAUAAACAAACUGCUAAGGAUCUUGAUCUCUCUAUAGAUAAGGCCUUAAAGUUAGAUAAAGGCACACAAUUUGGACAUGUUUUCAGAAUCACAAAGAAGGAAGAGCCAAAAAUAAGGAAAAAGCUCACAACACAAUUCAUUGUCCUGGAAACCCGAAAAGAUGGAGUGAAAUUCACUAAUACUAAGCUUAAAAAGUUAGGGGAUCAAUAUCAGAGAAUACUUGAAGAGUAUAAAAAUUGUCAGAAAGAACUGGUGAACCGAGUUGUUCACACUGCAUCCACUUUCUCAGAGGUGUUCUGUAAUGUAGCUGGCUUGCUUUCUGAAUUGGACGUGUUACUUAGUUUUGCUGAUUUGGCUUCUAGUUGUCCUACUCCUUAUACUAGGCCACUCAUCACUCCAUCGGAUGUGGGGGAUAUUAUACUAGAAGGGAGUAGACAUCCUUGUGUGGAGGCUCAGGACUGGGUUAAUUUUAUACCCAAUGAUUGUAAACUUGUAAGAGGAAAGAGUUGGUUCCAAAUCAUUACAGGGCCUAAUAUGGGUGGAAAAUCCACGUUUAUCCGGCAGGUUGGUGUGAUUAUUCUAAUGGCACAAGUUGGUUCUUUUGUUCCUUGUGAGAAGGCUACCAUUUCUAUUCGUGAUUGCAUUUUUGCUCGAGUGGGUGCUGGUGAUUGCCAACUACGUGGUGUUUCUACCUUUAUGCAAGAAAUGCUUGAGACUGCAUCUAUACUGAAAGGAUCUACAGAUAAGUCACUGAUAAUCAUCGACGAGUUAGGCCGAGGGACAUCAACUUAUGAUGGAUUCGGUUUGGCUUGGGCCAUUUGCGAGCACCUUGUUGAAGUGAUUAAUGCACCUACUUUGUUUGCAACCCACUUUCAUGAAUUGACCGCAUUAGCUCAAGAAAAUGCUGUUCAUGAGCCUAAUAUGAAGCAAAUUGUUGGUGUUGCGAACUAUCAUGUUAGUGCACAUAUUGACUCAUCAAGCCGCAAGUUGACUAUGCUGUACAAGGUUGAGCCAGGGGCAUGUGAUCAAAGUUUCGGUAUCCAGGUUGCAGAAUUUGCAAACUUUCCUGAAAGUGUUGUCGCCCUUGCUAGAGAAAAGGCUGCUGAAUUGGAGGAUUUCACUCCUACUGCCGUCAUUCCAAAUGAUGCUAGAGAAGAGGUUGGAUCCAAGCGCAAGAGAGAGUAUGAUUCUGAUGACAUGUCCAGAGGAGCAGCUCGUGCGCGCAAGUUUUUGAAGGAGUUCUCUGAAAUGCCAUUAGAUACAAUGGAUGUACAGCAGGCUUUGCAAAUAGUUAACAAAAUGAAGGAUGACUUGCAAACGGAGGCAGUAAACAGCCAAUGGCUACAACAGUUUUUCUAGUUGGUCAUCCUCAAGAUGGAGGUAACUUGUAUUUUGGGAUUUAUGUAAAGCUCGUCUCUGUAAAUGGGUUGUUUCUCAUUGCCCCAACAAUUUUGUGCCUCUAUCAAUGUCUCGAGUGCAACUGCACCAGACAUGUGAUCUGAUGUUGGGGCAUUAUCUUUUUAAUGACCGUUUUUUACCUCUGACUUCUUAAUGAAAGAAUGUUUCUCAGAA